AGUAACAUAUGGGUAUUACAAAUAUUAUAUGUUUUAGAAUGCUUCGAAAUAAAGAAGUAGGACUUUUAUGCAGAACAAUUGUUGAAGCCCUCGAUAAAGCAGUGCAUUAAACACUAAGGUGCAUACCAAAUUAAAAGUGUCCUAAUAGAUAAAUUAUAAGUAAAUGUGUUCCAACCAGAUAUUUUACAAUACUUUAAAGUAACAGUUUAGAAUAAGCCCUAAGGCUGUUUUUCCAACACUUAGAAGGCACUAGCUAACAUCAAAGUCCAGAGUUGUCUUACUUUUGUUUGACAGUUCGCUGUCUAGUUCAGUGAAAAUUUUCAAUUCUUGGCAAAACGUAUUGCGAGCAAGAGCUCUGGGAAAAUGUCCGAAAGUGAAAACUUGGGGAUAAAAUAUAUCAAAGACGGAAUGUCAGAGGAGAAAGGGAAUACGGUUGUGAAAACUCGCGAGGAACCCAAGCGUUCGCCGAAGAAAUCACCUGGCGGAAAAGCCGAGCCGGGUAAGAAUGAAAAUGAAAUUGGUAGGAAGCGCUCUAGAAAAAUGUGUGAUGAAGGUGAGAUCCUGGACGCGAAGAAGACCAAAGGCGAUGAGUUAGAGGAGAAGCAGAACAAGGUUGUGAAAACCCACCAAGAACCUGGGCCUUCUCCAAAGAAAUCGACUGCCGGCAACUGUGAACCGGGCAAGGAUGAAAAACAAAGUAGGUCGUCAGGCUCGAGGAAGCCAUCUGGCCAAAAAGUUCAACCCGACAAGGAUGAAUAUGAAAUUUCGAGUAGGAGCUCUACAAAAAUGUGGGAGAAAGGUGACACAGACAAUAUGUUAAGGGAGAAAGAUAAUACGGCUGAGGAAAGCCACGAAGAACUUAAGCGCUUGCCGAAGAAGUCAUCUGGCGAAAAACUUGAGCCGGCCAAAAAUGGAAUUGAAAUUGCGAGCGGGAGCUCAACAAAAAUAUGCCGAAAAGGGGGAAAACUGAAUAUUAAAGGCGUUGCAUAUGGGGAACAGAAUAAAGACGUGAAAACCCACCAAGAACCUAAGCGUUCGCCAAAGAAAUCAUCAUGCGGCAAUGCUGAAAGGCAGAGUCAUCGGUUCCGUGGGCGUUCCCAGUCGUCCAGUUUAAAGAAACCAACUGCCGAAAAAGUUGAACCCGGCAAGAAUGAAAACGAAAUUAAGAGUAAGAGCUCCACAAAAGUGUCUGAAAAAGGUGCCAAAGAUAAAAUCCACCAAGAGCUGAAGCGCUCGCCAAUGAAAUCAUCUGGCGGAAAUGUGGAAAAGCACAAUACUCGAUCCCGAGGUAGUUCCACGUCGUCCAGCUCGAGCCAAUCUUCUGGCGAAGAAGUUGACCUGGGAAGGGAUAAAAAACAAAAUAUAAGCACCCGUGGGCAAUCGACGUCGUCAAGGUCAUCCAGCUCGGGAGCCAGCUCGGGAUCCAGCUCGAGAUCCAGCUCGGGAUCCAGCUCGGAAUCGAAUUCACCGUCUUCCGGAGGCUCGAAAUCCUCAAGCUCUGGAUCGGAGUCUGGUUCUGUGACCAGUUCUCCGUCAACGAAAAAGAAGAAGACUAGUGCCUCGGUGAGUUUUUCGCAGAGUUCAGAACAGAUUCCCAAUUCUUCUGUAAGCGUCCCCCCUAAAAAUCGCCGCAAGAGUCGUUCGCGAAACCGCAGUAGCCGCAGUAGCCGCAGUCGCCCGAAAAGAGAUCCCGUGGGAAACCCCCGGGUAGUACCUUCUCCGUCCACUAGCACCAGUUCCCAACACCUUUGCAGGCCUUGGUGGAGCAGGAGUCGGGCAAGACGUUCUUCGUUGGGGAGCCGCAGUUCCCGAGACUCUUUGAGGAGCAGGUCUUGCACCGAACAUCGCCACGACAGUGGUUCUCCGAUUGGAAGCCGCAGUCCUCCGCGCAUUGUUGAGUGUUUUACGAACAUGACCCGCGCCAUAAAGCGCCGGGAUAUUAGUUCUCCGUUGAUUAUGCGUGUUCCCCAACGCUCCUUGGAGAGCAGGGCUUGCAGCGGAGAUCGUCAGGAGAUUCAUUCUCCGUUGAAGAGCCGUAGUCCCCAACCUAUUUUCAGACCUGGAAGGAGCAGGAUGCCCUCCGAUAAUCGCCAGACGAGUCGUUCCCUGGUGAGGAGCCGCAGUCCCCAAGGCAUUUCCGAUCCUGGAAGGAGCAGGAUGCCCUCCGAUAAUCGCCAGAAGAGUCGUUCUCCCUUAAGGAGCAAGAUGGAAAAUCGUCAGAAAAGUCGUUCUCCCUUGAGGAGCAGGAUGGAAAAUCGUCAGAAAAGUCGUUCUCCCUUGAGGAGCAGGAUGGCCACCGAAAAUCGCCAGAAGAGUCGUUCUCCCUUAAGGAGCAGGAUGGAAAAUCGUCAGAGGAGUCGUUCUGCCUUGAGGAGCAGGGUAGCCACCGAAAAUCGGGAGAAUACUCGUUCUCCCUUGAAGAGCAGGAUGGCCACCAAAAACCGCCAGAAGAGUCGUUCUCCCCUGAGGAGCAGGAAGGAAAACCGUCAGAGGAGUCGUUCGCCCUUAAGGAGCAUGAUGGAAAAUCGUCAGAAAAGUCGUUCUCCGUUGAGGAGCAGGAUGGAAAAUCGUCAGAAGAGUCGUUCUCCCCUGAGGAGCAGGAUGGAAAAUCGUGAGAAGGGUCGUUCUCCCUUGAGGAGCACGGUAGCCACAGAAAAUGUGGAGAAGAGUCAUUCUUCCUUAAGGAGCAGGAUGGAAAGGCGCCAGAAAAGUCGCUCUCCGUUGAGGAGUAGUGUGGAAUAUCCUAGGAAGAGUCGCUCUCCCCUGAGGAGCAGGAUGGCCACAGAAAAUGGCCAGAAGAGUCGUUCCCAGCUGCGGAGCCGUAUUUGCAAUCCCUGGAAGCAGAUACCGACCCCGACAGAUCGUGAGCAGAAUGAAUCGGAGCUGUACCGGGAACGCCACAAGAUCACCCUGGCCAGCUGUGAUCCGCGACCCGCUCCCAAGCCCGUUCAGAAUUUCCACCACAGCGGAUUCGGGGAGGACAUAGUCCGGCGCCUGGAGCUCCAUGGCUUUGAGGCGCCCACACCCAUCCAGGCCCAAACGUGGCCAGUGGCCCAGUCGGGCGGCAAUCUGGUGAUGGUCUCCGGCACCGGAACGGGCAAGACACUGGGCUACCUACUGCCGGGCAUCGUGAAAGUCCAGAAGAAGAAUUUAUCGCAACGCCGCCAUGACGGUCCGAUUGUCCUGGUUCUGGUGGACUGCCGGGAGGCGGCGAUUUUGGUCCACAAGGAGGCGCAGUCCCUCACCGAUCAGCGUGAGCUGCGGAGCCAGUGCAUCUCGGGCAGCAGCUGGUGGAAUGCCACCACCGACUGCGAGCUCCUGGUGGCCACCGCAGGUCGCUUCUUGGAAAUAAUGUCCAACGACGGCCAGAAGAUGGCUCUGGGUCGUUGCUCCUAUGUGGUGUUCGAUGACGUGGACCGCAUGAUGGACGUGGGAUUGGAGGGCCAGCUGUGCCGCCUGCUCUGCCAGAUGCGUCCCCAGGCCCAGUUCGUCAUUUCCUCGUCAUCGUGGACGCGCAAUCUCCAGCGCAUGGCGCGCAAGUACAUGGGCGACUACACCCUGGUCCGCGUGGGCGGUCCCAUCGAUUCCAGCAAGAGUCUGCUGAGCCUCCGCCAGCGGGUGGUGGUGCUCAAUACCAGCCGUAAGAAGGAUCAGCUCAAGGAGGAGCUGACGGCCAUCUAUGAUCUGAGCGACAACCCGGGCAAGGUGGUGGUUUAUGCCGAGCGCCAGCGCUGCGUCGACGAGCUGGUGGCCUUCCUCCGGGUCUUUGUGCCCUGCGCCGGCCUCCAUGGCGGACGCAGCGUCGCCGAGCGGGAUGCCAUCAUCCGCGCCUUCCGCAAAGGCCACUACAACAUCAUCGUGGUCACCGACAUGACCCAGCGCGGCCUGGACGUGCCGGGCAUCCAGCAUGUGAUCAACUACGACUUCCCCAACUCCGUCGAGGCCUAUGUCCAGCGCCUGACCAGGGCGGGCUGCCUCUCGGGAUCGCAGGGCUGCGAGGUCAUCAGCCUCUUCACCAAGGCCAACCACAAGCUCUCGACCGCCCUGGUCGCCUUCCUCGAGGAGCACAAGCAGGAGGUGGAGCCGCGCCUCCGCUGGAUGGCCAAGGACAGGGUUCGUCGCAUCCAGAAUCGCCGCUCCGACCGUCAGCGCCGUGGGAAUCAGGGCCAGCGCCAUUACUAAGAGCCCAGCCACGAGGAGUCUUGUCAAUCCGGUGGAUAGCAAACAUUUUGAUGGGUAAACGCCACCCCAACCCGCGGCUGUUAUAAAUACUGGGUUAACCCAAUAAAUGUUUAUCGAUUGCAUGCCAAAUGGGGAGUUGUUGGGCUCGGGAGACCCUUGGGGGUUCUGAAAACUGGGGAAUGACGAAUGGCGGGCAGCGACUGCACGUCCCAACGACGAAAGUUGUGCAUCCAGAGCGGAGAAGACGUGACGUUAUGCCACUAAAGAGCAGAGAGAAAUGCACGGCAGGCCAUCAAUAUUCAAAUAAUGCAGUCCGAACCCGUCACGAUGUUUGUAGCAACAUUUCUUAUCACUACAUGGCCCUGCCAUGCUACGCUUUCCCAGAAAAAUCCACUGCAAGUUACAGAAUGAAGUUCUAUUGGGACUACAGAUAUUCAUAGGAUACAUGUCAUUAAUUCAUUCAAAUUAGUCCCCAUGGAAGCUAAAGUUUGUUUUACAAAUGGA